AUGGAUGAAGAGUUUGGUCCCCACCGCAACCACAACGUGUCCGUGCCGAGGAGAGGGGGGGUCGCCGUGAGUGCCUGGCUGGGACCAGGUCAAGGUGGCUGGAAAUGGGGCGUGCACACGCAUUGGGAAGCGAACUCUGGAAGCUCCACAAACCGGAGACCCCCGAGCCCCGUCGAGGCUUCCAGUGGGGCUGGGGAGGAGUUACCGCCGCACCACGAAGCGCCGGCGAGCCCUCUGGCAGAGCUCGUGUGCUGUUCGGGCCACCCACCCGCACAACGAAUUCACACCGGAAAGCAAACCCUCCCUGGUGCACACAGGGGCACGAGGGACAGCUCCGACGGCAUGCGAGCAGCACAGGGCGAUGCCACCCCGGGAAGGAGGCAGACGUGGCGGAUCCCCGCCGUCUCCCACAGAACAAUUCUCUGUUCAACAGAUGAGUGCCAAACGAAAUACGGAAAUGCGAACGCUUGGAGAUACUGCACCAAAGUCUUCGACAUGCUCACAAUAGCAGCUUUAAUAGACGAGCAGAUCCUCUGCGUGCACGGUGGCCUCUCCCCAGACAUCAAGACGCUCGAUCAGAUUCGAACCAUUGAACGUAAUCAAGAAAUUCCUCACAAAGGCGCCUUCUGCGACCUCGUGUGGUCUGACCCCGAGGACGUCGACACGUGGGCCAUCAGUCCGCGGGGAGCGGGCUGGCUCUUCGGUGCAAAGGUGACGAACGAGUUUGUUCACAUCAAUAACCUGAAGCUCAUCUGCAGGGCGCACCAGCUCGUCCACGAAGGCUACAAGUUCAUGUUCGACGAGAAGCUGGUGACGGUGUGGUCUGCCCCCAACUACUGCUACCGCUGCGGGAACAUCGCGUCCAUCAUGGUCUUCAAGGACGUCAACACCAGAGAACCAAAGCUGUUCCGUGCCGUCCCGGAUUCAGAGCGCGUCAUUCCGCCGCGGACCACCACGCCGUACUUCCUCUGAGCCCCCUCCCGGCUGCCCCCCGCGCCGUCCCCCGACUAUAAUAUACUUUUUAUCGAGCACUUUG